GCCGCGGGCCCCGCGGGCUCGACACUGCCCCGCCCCCUCUCCCCCCGCGGGUGCCCGGGCUGGGCGAUGGGGCCGGCCGCCCGAGGGCCCGCGGGGGGCAGCCCGCAGUCAGCCCGCAGCCGCUCGCCGCUGGAGCCGCGUCCGCGGUCUGUGGGUCGGUGGACGCCCGCCCCGCCCCGGAGGGUGGCUCCCGCACCUACAUCUCGCCGGCCGCCGACGGCUUGGUUCCCGUCUGCCUCAGUUGCUCCAUCCUCCCUUGAGACAUGUCCCUGGGGGAUGCAAGGAGCCUGGUGCCCUGCAAUGGCAGUAGCACCUGGGGGUUCUUUGACCCUGAGAACUUGAACCUGACUGACGAAGAGCUGAGACUCAAGUACCUGGGGCCUCAGAAGACAGAGCUGUUCACGCCCAUCUGUGCCACGUACCUGCUGAUUUUUGCGGUGGGCACCGUGGGCAAUGGGCUGACCUGCGUGGUCAUCCUGCGCCAUAAGACCAUGCACACACCCACUAACUACUACCUCUUCAGCCUCGCUGUGUCAGACCUACUGGUGCUGCUGGUGGGCCUGCCCUUGGAGCUUUAUGAGAUGUGGUGCAACUACCCUUUCCUGCUGGGUGCUGGUGGUUGCUACUUCCGCACCCUGCUCUUCGAGACUGUCUGCCUGGCCUCGGUGCUCAAUGUCACUGCCCUAAGCGUGGAGCGCUAUUUGGCGGUGGUGCACCCGCUGCAGGCCAGGUCCAUGGUGACUCCGGCCCAUGUGCGCCGUGUGCUCGGGGCCAUAUGGGGCCUGGCCGUGCUUUGCUCUCUGCCCAACACCAGCCUUCAUGGCAUCCGGCAGCUGGACGUGCCCUGCCGGGGCACAGUGCCUGGUUCGGCCAUAUGCACUCCGGUCCGCCCCCUGGCCCUCUACAACCUGGUCGUGCAGACUACAGCUCUGCUCUUCUUCUGCCUGCCCAUGGCCACCAUUACUGUGCUCUACCUGCUCAUUGGACUGCAGCUGCAGCGUGAAAGGCUGCUGCCCCUCGGCAGCAGGGAGGCCAAGGGCAGGGCCAGGGCCAGCAGCAGCUACAGGCUCCAGCGGCUACAGGACAGGGGUCGGACCCAGGUGACCAAGAUGCUGUUUGUGCUCGUCAUAGUGUUCGGGAUCUGCUGGGCUCCAUUCCACAUUGACCGCCUCAUGUGGGGCUUCGUGUCCCAACGGGCCGAGGGCCUGCUCCUGGCCUUCCAGUACGUGCACGUCGUCUCUGGCGUCUUCUUCUACCUCAGCUCGGCCGCCAAUCCUGUGCUCUACAGCCUCAUGUCCAGCCGCUUCCGGGAGACCUUUCGGGAAGCGCUGUGCUUGGGGACCCGGUCCCGCCGUCGCAGACCCCACCGCCACUCCCACAGCCUCAGCAGGGUGACCACGGGUAGCAUCCUGUGUGACUUGGGGUCCCCGGGCGACAGGGCCCACCCUCUGGCUGGGAACAGCGGCCCAGAGGGGCAGCAAGAGACUGACUCCUUCUGAGUGGCGUCUUGAAACCACUUCAUCUUGAGGUAAAAGGGCCACACACAGUUCUAGGAGCCGUACCUGCCUCCUCUGCGGGGGUGUCUGCAUGACCUGUCCCCCUUUGUGCCCUGCCACCACUUAGCCUAAAAAACUCUCACCAGUACCUCAGUGUUCCUAUCCCAUCCAUGUAUCCGAAGGCAUAUGAGGUCGCUGUCUGCCCUCCAGACCACCAGGGCCACAGUUCAAGUCCUUCCCCCGCAGAAACGUGGCAGUCGGCUACUGACAGAGCAAGCCUCCACCUGGAGACCCCCCCACUCCCACCCUCAAUUUCUGAAGUGUUUCCAUGCAGUCCACCUUCCUCAUUUCUGGUUGAGCUUCUGUGGGUUCCUGCCCCUCUGGCCCCCCCUAGCUCAGCCUGCACCUGGGACCUUCUCCCUGGCACCCCCACGGCCUGUGUCGGCUCGUUCUGCUCUGAGAUCUCUACCUGAUGGAGCUUCUGGGUGGUGGAUGGGGACAGGUGGUCCAGGGGACUUGGUUCCAAUCUCAGCCCUGCUGCCACCACCCUGCUGUGUGUCAUCCAACAGCAAAUUGCCUCACUUUCUAAGCCUUGGUCCCAUUUUGUUUGCAAAAUGAAAGGGAGCCUGAGAUUCUACAGUGUCACGUUUUGGCACGUUAGCUGUGGUUUCCUGUGCACGUGCAUACGUCACUGCUUGUGACGAAGCUGAUGGAAAUCCUCUGAUUAACAAGGUGGAGGUUACUGUCUACAUCCUCACCACCUCCCAGCUCUAGCUCCCUCCCGACUGCCCCAGGCCCCUCAGCACACCCUCUGAAAGCCACUCAGGGCACAUUCUUUGCUUCAUCUAGAACAGGUGGGGCUUGGGACUAAUGGAAAGCCAGCAAGUGAGCAGAGGCCCCCACCUGCCUCCAACCUCACCUCCUCGCAGGCUGGCUUGGGGGUCUGAAGUGAGCAGAGCUUUAGGCCUGGCUGGCCAGAGGAUCUCUGGGGACAAGAGACAUGGGCAAGGAGUGACCUUGUGAGGACAGCUCUGCUUGGGGCUCAGUGAGGUGAGAAGAGAGACAGGGACCAGUAGGUCCUGAAAGGAAGGCCCAGCCCAGAUGCCUGGGGCCCAGUGGGGUGCUUGGCCAGCACGUGCUUAGUGGCUGGAGCUUGUCCUGCUGCAAGCGCUUGGGCCCUGUCCUCCUCCUGAGGGGAGACUGCUCAGGAAGAGCCCUGGCCUCCCGGCCUCCUCGGUGGGAGCAGCGGGUGCCCAGGCAGGAGAAGGCAGCGUGCUGUGGGCUCCGUUGGCCUGAGUUCUCCCUGCAGACCCUCCCCAGCUUGGCCCCAGGUCCCUGCCUGUAAAGUGGAAGCGACUGUACAGGGCUGCACAAAAUGUCCUGGAGUUUUUGAAAUUCAAUUGUAAAAAUAACAAAUGUUCAUUGUGGGAAGUUUGGAAAGUACAGAUGAGCAAAAGUGAAAACAGUUUUAAAUAAUUACAAACCACCCUUGCCAGGGGCUGCGGGGGGCGGGGGAAACGGAGAGUUGCUUCCUAGGUACAGAGUCUCAGGUCGGCAGGAUGAAAAAGUUGCAGAGAUUGGUUG